GUGGUCUCUUUGCUGCUGAUGUAUAACGUUUGUUCCUAUGUGUGUGUGUGUUUUACUUCACGGGUUCCGUGUGAAGUGGCGGAGUUUUUAAUUACUAUUUUGCAUUUUCUCCCAUGGUGAAAGGGCAUCGGAGAACGACAGCUUUAUUUGCUCAAAUAAUCAUGGGCUCAGAGAAAAGAGCAUCUUAUAAGAAGCGGUUUUUCGGUGGAUUUUUAGUUGUAUCGGCUAUACUAGGCACAAUUGUCUGUCCCCCGGUAGAUCCAAAUAGUAACAAGGUCCCUGCACAAAAUACUGGGACUCCGCAUAACGUCAAUAAUGAGACAGACCCCGCUUUUAAUCUCGAAUAUGGCCGUUACCUGGCGGAGGUUGUGAAAAUUUUGGAAACUGAUAAGGAGUUUGCCAAGAAACUUGAAAACGUAUCAGAGGCGGACAUUAGAAAUGGACAAAUUGCAACGCAUCUUGAUUUAGUUGACCAUAAAGUUCGGACAAAAUUGGAUGAACUUAAAAGGAUCGAGGUAGACCGCUUGCGGAAGUUGACUCAAAAAAAGAAUGAACUUGAGCAUGGCGUAUACCGAGACGGCCGACUCUGGAGGUCGGUGCCAAAAAAAGGUCUUGAUCGUGACAAAUUAAUCAACGACCAUCUGGAUCACGACAAUCAGCACACAUUCGAAAUUGAAGAUCUGAAGAAGCUAAUCCUCGCUGCAACACGCGACCUUGAAAAACUAGAUGAAGCUCGUAAAGCUGAAUUUAAACAGUACGAGAUGGAAAAGGAAUUUGAAUUUCAACAGGGUCUUAAGAAUAUGACCGAAGAUCAGAAAAAUAUCGAGCAGAAAAAACACGAAGAUGAAAAGCAUCGGAAACAUCCCCAAGCACACCAUCCUGGAAGUAAGGCUCAACUAGAGCAAGUGUGGGAGGAAGAGGAUCACAUGGAAAAGCAAGAUUUUGAUCCGAAGACGUUCUUCGCAAUGCACGACCUUAAUGGCGAUGGUGUGCUUGACGAGCAGGAAGUCGAAGCGAUCCUUCAGCUCGAAGCCAAGAAGAUGUACAUGUCUGACCCUCAAAAUCCUGGCGAUCCCAGGAGGCAAACGGAAAUGGAGGAAGAGGUAAACAGAAUGCGUGAACACGUCUUCAAAGAAGUCGACAAAGACAAAGAUGGUCUGAUUUCGAGGCAGGAAUUUCUCGACAUGACACGAACGCAGGAAUUUGAACAGGACAACGGCUGGAAAGGAUUAGAUGAGCAGCAAAUUUACACACAGGAAGAGCUACAAAGAUUUAUGCAAAUGCGGGAACAGCAGAUGCAAAUGGCGAUGGCUCAGGGCUACGGCUAUCAUCCAGGAGAUCCUCCGAAUGUUCAGUAUCACCCAGGAUAUGGGGCUCCUCAGGGCCCUCCGCAUGGAUACCAACAGCCAUUGCAGGCAAUACCCCAAAUGGGCUACCCACAAGGCCAACGGGUGGCUUACAUGCCCCAAGGCGUUGCACAAGUUAAUCCAACUAUGGGACAACAGGUUUAUCAACAACACGGCGAUUACGGCCAGCCACCGCAAGCGCUACCGUCUAUGGGACAUCAGGGUAUCAAUCCGCAAAUGCCCGUUGCAGCUCCGGUGGGGCACCAGAUGAACCCCAACUCGUACCAACAACUUCCGCAGCAUCCGCCGCAGGGACUCCCUCCUCCGAAAGUGACGGUUGGCAACGCGCUAGCUGCUGCACCCCAGCCUAACCAGGUACAAAACAAUAUCAACGAGCAGCUUCUUCCUACUCAGCACCAGUCCCAGCAGUAUAACCAGGGAGGAGCUCAGCACUAUAAUGCUCCUUCGCAGCAAUUCAAUACCGCAAGCUCAUCUCGACAGCAUCAACAACAGCAGCAGCAGCAGCAGCAGCAGCAAGGACAGUUAAACCAAGUGAGGCAACAACAACAGCAACUAAAUCAACAAGCGUCGUCACAACAGCAAGCAUUCCAGCAACCUCAUAUUCAAGCAAAUGCAAAUAUACAACAGCAGCAACAGCAGCAGGCCCAGUUUAAACCGGUGAAUCCCCCAGUUCUUCCAAAUCAAGUCAGUGCUCGGUCAUAAGCACGAUUUUAGCGUGCAGCAGAGAAUCAUAUCGUUGUUGUAGCACUGGGUUCUGAAACAUCUCUGUUUUAGUUCUUUAAUAUAUGUUAUAUACAUUUAAUAGAUCUUGUUUUAGUUUGUAAUGAUGAAUCAUUAUGGAUAUAGUAAUGUUGUAUGCUGCCAUUAAGUUACAAAGUCAACGCGAUUAACAGAUAAAACAUCUUGAUCCGAACAAGUGGCUAAUUAUUACUGAGAGAGUGAAACAAAAGGAAAGAAAGGAGGUCGUGCAAAAAAAGCAACUCGAUUGAUUAGCGACGCACAAUCGAUCAUUUGGCACCACUGACAGGGCCAUUUUGGUUGGGUUAAAGUGGCAAUGACCACUUAGUGGCCCUAUCGUUUUACGGAUUUCGCCCAACUGUAUCAGGCUGCUAUAUCUGCAGGGGCUAUGGAUGGAUGUUGGGCUUUAUCGCUGAUGGAGAAUGGGAGAGAUAUAGAGGUAGAUAAUUGGCUUAACGUCCAGUCAGACCAGUUUCUAGCUGGAUUAGAUUUAUUGGGCUCACUUAAAAAACCCGAAUGUUAUUUUCUAAUUAAGGUUGCUAUUUGUUUUUCUGUUAUGAACGUAGUGUUAUUCGCGGUGUAGUGUACGCGGAUACGAACAAAAUAUUUUACUCAUUUUUGUAAAAAUCACAUUCGGAAGACUUUUCCGUAUAUAUUAAGUUGAGCAACUGCGUUAAAAGCUAUACGAAAGGGCACAUUUUGACCGGGAACUGUCCAAUAUAAUAUGUAUAUAUAUAUAUAUAUAUAUAUAUAUAUAUAUAUAUAUAUAUAUAUAUAUAUAUACAAAGAACUGAAGUAACUAGAUGGUUUAUCUGAAAUACGCCAUAUAUUCGUCUACAAGUAUGCGUUGUAUUGAGACAACUCUUUCCUCUGAGAGUGUUAUUUUUAUAGACUUUUAUUUAUAACGGAUAUGUUAACUUGUCGAAUCCGCUGCUUUUUCAUCUUUAUAAAUGAGCAUUUAUUAGGCACUUAGUAGAGCUAGAAAAAUGGAUCAAUGUGCAACAGCUACAAGAACAAACUGGGACUGAUUUAAAUAGAGGUAUUUUACAAGGUAUUAUAUCAAUGUAAUAACUAGGAUUAGCUGAAAGCCGUAGCGACAACCUUUAUCAGGUUAUUACCGUCACAGUCGUUGAAGUAGCGGUAUAUCGACCUUCCACGUCUAGCCACACUACAUCACCAACAGGUAAGAAUCAUCACCUAGGCGCAAGCAUGAGUGCUCAUCAGCAUCAUUGUUGAGCCGACGGGACUCCGAAGCUGUUGCGGUUAUUAUUGUUGUUGUUGUUGUUGUUGUAAUUGUUGCUAGAAAAGCAAAAAACGGAAUAAGUAGAGUGCGGGCCAAAGCUUGAAAGUUCAAUUAAACGGUUUUAAGGCCUUAAGGGUUUUUGAAAGGAUCUGAUAUACCGAGAAACUAGAAGCAUACGAGAUUAGUUUCGUCGGAUAGAUAUCGAAAGUAGAGUUAAAAAACCAUUAUCCCUACGGUGAAUAUAGUGUUACCUUUAGUGACAAAGAUUGUUCUUUUUUCGAGCGUGUCUUGUCUAGGCGUUGGACUAGAUACCGAUAACGUAGCAUUUAUCGAUACGCAAACGAAGACUGCACAGAAAUGCAUACAUGAUUAUGAUGUUAAUGGUAGCAAUGAAUUACUAUUGAUGACGGUUCGUGUGUUGUAAUUUUAAAUUUUAUUGAACAUUCAUAAAAGUAUUAAUAAUAACACAAAAGCCAUAUAAAGAUGUUUUUUUCUAUCAAGUCCAUAUAUAUACCUGUACGGGAUGCACCGUGGUCAGGAGUGGAAAGUUUUUGCGCUGGUCAUUGGGCCAGAUACCAUGUCUUAAGGAAUAACGCUCGAUCAUGAGCGAGCAUAAUUGUAAACAAACAAUGGGACAAUAAUAAGAAAACGGAAUGUAUGGAUAUGGUAAAUUUAGAUAUGAUAAAGAAAAAAACAAAGAUGCCUAAGAUCUACAUAGUUAUGAGUAAAAUUAGUUGAGAGGCAUCUCGGACGAAAAGGUCAGACAGUACUUUUUUAAUAAUAUUGAAGUUAUAGGUAACGAUAUGAAGUUACAGAUAAAAAUGUAUAAUCGCAUUAGUUUACCACGGAACGAACUGUGGAUGAAAAACAUUAGCAAUCAGGAAGUGUAAUUUACAUAUGAAGACGCAGACGUUGAUAUCCAUAAUAGGCUCUCAUAGGAAGCCAGCCAGUAUUUGAAAUUCCGUUACCAGGUAUCUAGAUGUUGUUGGCGAGCAUGAAUAAUUUUCACAGUUCUGAGUGCUGCUGGAUUCGAUGGUAGGGAUAUCAACGUGCGAAAACAAAUCCGAUUAUAGAAAGUAGAAAAACAAAACAAUGCCCGAAAAGAGUAUUUACACCUCCUCCGUAGAUGCUGCACAGAAAAUAAUCGAACGUGAGAGUAGCGCUCAUUUACCAAUCGGCACAACACUGACUUUCUCUAAGAGCUGAUCACGAGCUCGUAGCUAUUCUAUGUUACGUGUGGAGUCAGUUACUGAUUACGAUAAAUAAAAGGUUGUAAAUAUUGCACAAUA